GUCGAGAGGGUAGUCCUUCGGAUCCUUUCACAGACUUCGUUUCGUUUUCACGGCAAUCGUCCGAUUCUCCGGGAAAACAAGCCCUAGGGUUUUCGAAUUCCAUGGCUUCCCAUUCCCAUCUCGAAGAGGACGAUGAUUUCGGAGGCGAUUUUCCUGGGACUCACAAUGCCAGGCGUUCAGUGGAUAAGAGAAGCUUUGGGGAUCUCGAGGACGAUGAAGAUGAUAUCUUUGGUUCAAAGAAGAGUAAAACAAAAUUAGAUGAAACUGCUCCUGGUGUAGCAACGGGGAUGAUUUUGUCUCUUCGUGAAAGUCUUCAAAACUGUCAGGAUAACCUUGCAACAUGCCAAGCCGAACUUGAAGCUUCAAAAUCUGAGAUUCAAAUGUGGCAUUCUUCAUUUCAGAAUGAAUCGUUCAUACCUGCUGGGACUUCUCCUGAACCUAAAUCAGUGAUCGAUUAUCUUCAGACUCUGAAAUCCUCUGACGAGUCAUUGAGGGAACAGCUAGAAAAAGCAAAGAGAAAGGAAGCUGCAUUCAUUGUAACAUUUGCAAAACGGGAGCAGGAAAUAGCAGAGUUAAAGUCCGCUGUUAGGGAAUUAAAAGCGCAACUCAAGCCACCAUCAAUGCAGGCUAGGAGAUUAUUUCUAGAUCCAGCAAUUCAUGAAGAGUUUACUCGCUUAAAGAAUUUGGUGGAGGAGAAGGAGAAAGAGUUGAAGGAGAAGCAGGAUACUAUUUCUGCUCUCAGUUUUACUCCACAAAGCAAGAUGGGCAAGAUGCUUAUGGCUAAAUGUAGGACCCUGCAAGAGGAAAAUGAGGAGAUUGGAAAUCUGGCUUCUGAAGGAAAGAUGCAUGAAUUAGCAAUGCAACUUGCAUUGCAGAAAUCUCAAAAUGCCGAACUCAGAAAUCAAUUUGAAGGUCUGCACAAACAUAUGGAGGGGCUGACAAAUGAUGUGGAAAGAUCAAAUGAAAUGGUGCUUAUUUUGCAAGAGAAGCUACAAGAAAAGGAUCGAGAGGUUGAAAGCCUGAAGGAUGAGCUGCAUCAGAAGAGCGUAAUUGAGGAGGAAAAUACCAAUUCAGCUGCUGACAAGAAAGCUCAAGAUGAGGUGAUGAUUUCUGGGGAAUCUGGCAACUGAGAUAUUCUUGGCAAUUUUGUAUGACUUAAUCAAUUUGUCCCCCCCUUCUCCUUGUGAUCUGUACAUUAUAACUAAUCAAAAAAUUUUGGCUUA